AUGAUCACCAAGCAGCUAGCUGACCUCACCAAGAAGAUGGAGAGGAACCAAGUGGCAGCCAUCACCACUUUAUCAACAACCCAAGAAGGAAUGGAUGAAGAGGCAGAGGCUCAUCAACAAUUCACACAAAGGACAUAUCAACAUCCUCACAACAACACUUCUCCACACCCAUAUCAAAACCAAAACAACACCUCUACUCCCAAUCCACCAUCAUUUGAUGACAAGCUCUCUAAGAUUAAAACCUUACUUGAAGGAAUAUGCCAAGAAAUUCAAGAAAACAAGGUGUUCAAAGAGGAGGUGCGAGCCAAUAUUAAGAACCAGGGAGAGACCAUCAAGAAGCUGGAAUUCCAAGUGGGAUGCUUAGCUGAGAAGAUUCCCAAACCUACUGAUGGCUUCCCAAGUGAUACGGAGAAAAACCCAAGAGGAGAAGCAAAGAAAGUAAGAUGGGAAGAUUGCAAAAUGGUCACUACAAGUGAUCAAGAGGAUGAAGAUAAGCAAAGAAAACUCUCCCAACAGCCUGAAGACAACUCAAUAGAGGAGGAGGAUAGAGAUCACCAAGAACCAGAAAUCUCACAACAAGAGUUGCUUAAGCUCUAUGCACCAUUUCCCCAACUGCUCAAUGGUGCUGUGGGGAAGAGAAUAUACUCAAGGUUCCUAGACUUGUUUGCAUCUCUGCAUGUGAACAUACCAUUCAUCAAGGCCAUCCAACAAAUGCCAGUAUUCAUCAAGUAUAUGAAGGAACUUCUUCCCAGGAAAAGCUCACUCAAAGGAGGCCAAACUAUAGUGUUGAACAAGGAAUGUAGUGCCCUUAUUCAACCUGAGUUGCCUGCAAAAAGAAAAGACCCAGGGAGUUUUCACAUCCCCUGUGCCAUAGGAGAAACAAUGUUCGAUAGAGCACUCUGUGAUUUGGGGGCAAGCAUCAACUUACUGCCAUUAUCCUUGGUAAAGAGGCUACAGAUCAAUGAGAUAAUGCCCACAGAUGUGGUCAUCAGACUGGCUGACAAGACUCAAAAGCAAGCAAUAGGAGUGGUGGAAAAUGUGUUGCUAAAGGUUGGAAAAUACUUUCUCCCAACAGACUUUGUCAUCCUGGACAUGGAAGAGAGUCAAACUCACCCAAUCAUAUUGGGAAGACCCUUCCUAGCUACAGCCAGAGCACUUAUAGAUGUGGAGCAAGGGGAGCUAAUAUUGAGGAUCCAUAAUGCAGCUUUAAUAUCUUCAAAUUCUCACAAGAAGCAGACUAAGAGCACAAGGAACCAAGCAAAGAUCAUAAUGAGAUAUUGA